CAUUAGCCGACAAAGCUUGUGCGGAGGCUCACGCGGUAAAAACAAUAAUCUUGUUAAGGUUUUCGUGGAACGUGAUGCUUCAACUCUCAUUAGCCUUGUAACUUUAUCCAGAUUUAAUUGUUUCAGUGAGGAGUGCGCGUGGCAGGAUGCACUUCAUUCUGUGCGUACUCAUCACCGCGACGUGCGCGUUUGCCGAUAACAAUCAAAACAGGCGAACAAAAUUACCAUACAUAGCCGAUGCCGUUGGUAACAGUCUUCCGCCACCGUCAAGUGUGCCAGCGACUGUGGGAAGCCCAGUAAAUUUGCUUACACCAGAUAGAUAUGAAUUUUACACCUUUGAUGAGUCUGGUGAACUUGUUAAAAGAUUAAUGACUUUAGAAGAAAUACAGGCUAUAGUAGCAGCAGGAGAAGAAACAGACGGCUUAGUCACUUUCGCUAAUGACAAUCAACCCACGGUAGCUUUUAACUUUAGUCAACCAUCUCACACGAAAGUACAUAGUGUAGUUACUAAUGUACAAAAUGUUUUAAAAUCUCAAAUGGAGGCGCAUAAAAAAAAGCCAAAUGUACAACCAACUUUCGAUACUCCAGAUGUUUCAGACUCUUGGAGCCUGAUAUUACCUUCGAUAUUUGGCAACACUGGGGUGGAUAUAGUUCCAGAUAAAACAUCGGGCUCAUUUAUUACUCCUGAGACAGAAACUAUCGACAUAGAUAACUUAAAUAUGGAAUAUGAAAAUUCGCAAAGUAAAGAAAGCAAUGAAAUACCUACUAUGCCUACGUUUGAAGUUAAAGACAAAAAUAAUGAUGUCACAGCAAAACCGUUAACUGAAGUUUCUCUUUUUAAGCGUACUACAACUGAAUCAUCACAUUUUACUACUACUACUACUACUACAUCAAAGCCUUUCACUACAAUUUCCAAGGUAACUACAACUACAACUAAACAGCCUGUAACAAAAACAACAAAUAAGCCACUAAUUAUAACAACAACAAAUAGAUCAAAAUUAUCAAGUUCAACUAGUACUGUGCGACCUCCACCUACAACAACAAUAAACGCUAUAAUAUCAACUACUAGUAAAUUUUUACCAUCGCAUUCAACACAGCAAUAUUCAAAUAUCACUAAUAUAAAUGAGAAUAAUACUUCUAUUAGAAACUUCACAGCAAAGCCAAUUCAAUACGAGAAAAUAAGUACUUUUUCACCUAUUUCUACACCAGCAUACAUAGCUGAAACAAUAACAGAAAUGUCAAAUAAUAAACAAGCGAUGUUUUCACAUGAAAAUGUAACAAACAUUAAAUCGAACACAAUAUUAUUCUCGCCUUUAAAAAAUAAUGAAAACGAAUAUGAAAAAAAUAUUUCCAUAGAAGAGAAUACAAGUCAAUCUGUUUCUCCUUUAACAAUAGCCUCAACAACAGAAAUGAUAUCUUCACAAAAUAAUCAAAUUGAAAACAAUGUUAAUGUAAGUAGCCAAACACAAGUAGAUGAAAGCGAAGAUAAAGAAAGUCAGACUUCUUUACCAUUAUUUGAUGUGGCUCAGAGUAUAAGUCAAAUAGCUUCUGAUCUUGGCAAUAAUUAUGUCCCUAUACCUACUUCUAAUAGUUUAUUAGAUACUACAAAAAUAAACAAUAUUGAUAUAGAGAGCAAGGAGAACGUAGAAAUUGAAAUACCUAUAGAAAAUGGAAAUGAAAAUGAAAUCAUAGCAAACCAUACUAAUGAAUCUGAUAAUUUUAUAAAAAUAUCUACAAUUGAUCCACACAUAAAAAUUGAAAAUACUAAAGAAAAAGAAGAAGUGCAGACUACAUCCUUACCACCAAGUACGACUACAAUGUUAAGUACAACUAACACUAAUACUAUGGAUGUUAUUUUAACAGGUUCAGUAGACGAUUUAAUAUCGCAAGUAGCAAAUGAAGGUCCUGCUAUUACAUCAAUAGUCUAUCAUGAAAAUAAUACAGAACCUGAUGAAAGUAUUAAAGAAAUGGAGGAGAAAUUAUACUCGACUUACGAUUCGUUGAGUGUUGAAACUACUACUUCCAAUUUAGUUAUUGAUACUACAAUUAAUUCAUCACAUACCAAUACUUCUUCCCUCAAGAAAAAUAACGAUGACAAAACCAACGUAUUAAAAGAGUUUAAAGACGAAAUAAUUGAUAUAGAAAACGACAUAUCCAAAAGUACAAUCAAUAAAAAUAUAAGUGUAACAAAAUAUGGUCUAGAUUCUAGUAACCAUAAUUCUAGCAGUAUAAGGAACAGUAGCAAUAUAUUAAAUAAUUAUAACAUAUUAAAAAACUUGACCAAAUCAGAAGAAAAAAAGAAGGUUGAUAUGAACUCAGAAAGUAUUAAGGCAGUGGAUAAGGUCGAGUCUUCCACUUUUGUUAAUGUAUCUACUGAAAAUAAUAUUGUUACGACUGUUUUGCCAGAUAUCACAACUACACAACAAAUUAAUAAAGUCAAUAAUAAAUUUCAGAAAUUAGAAGCACAAAUACCAAAAUUUGAUGAAUUCAAAAAGAAAAUACAAAAAGUAAAUAUUGAUGAAAAAGAGCUAGCGAAUGAAAGGAAUAAUUCCUGGAAACUUAUAUCAACUGUUACGCCACCAAAAGUAUAUAAUCUUAAUAAAGAUAAACACAAAGUUGAAGGUUUUUACAUACCUGAGAGUAAUGAUAAAGGUAUUGUUUUAGAGUUUCCCAAGGAAAAUCAGGGGUUAGAAGUUACGACAAAAGACUUAGGCGAAGAUGUACUACAAUUCACGGAGCUUUGCAAUGAAUUAGCGUUUAGAUAUUGGAAUGUAUUAACUGAAAAUACAGACAAAAAACGAAGCAUUGUUUUUUCUCCUUAUUCUAUAACGUCUAUGUUAGCAAUGAUGUUUAUGGGAGCGAAAGGAGCAACAUCAGGUGAAAUGAAUGAAGUUCUUAAGUUAGAUGAUAUGGUUACAUUCAAUCCACAUUUUACAUUGAAAAAUAUAUCCGACUCAAUCGACACUACUUCUGCAUCUGGGGUAUCUGUAUCGGCAUUUAUAAGAGAGCUUUACAGUGAAAGAAGUAAGGGUAAAAUUUUGACAUUUUAUAAAGAAAGAGCGCAACACUUUUAUAAUGGUCACGUGGAAGAAAUAAACUUCAAUUUAAUUAGUGAUAUUAUAAGGAGAAGAACUAAUUUACUUAUUAAAAGAUAUACAUGGGGUAAAAUUGCUGAAUAUAUAAAAUCCAACAGUAUAACUAUGCACCCUCCACUAGCAGCAUUUUCGGCUAACAUUUUUCAUACUGAUUGCAGUGGAUCAUCUGUGGAAGGAAGAGACGGCGAAAUGUAUUUCGUAGUUUCACCAAAUGUUCGUCAGAGACGUUUGGUGCCCGUACCAGCUGUCGUCUUCAAAAGUAAUUUCCUUGCCGGCUACGAUCCAGUUUUAGAUGCUACCGCUGCUGCCCUAGGAAAUACAAAUUCUGUUGUUAGCACACUCUUCUUAAUGCCGGGCCAACAAGGAAACGUUGUACAUGCGGAAGAUUUAGAAAAUCUUGAAAAACGGUUUAUCGAUUCUGAUCUAAGUACAUCAGCAUGGAAUCGAUUAUUAAGAACGCUUUUACCACGAAAUGGCUUAGAACUGCAAAUACCAAGAUUAUCCCACAAAUCUAUUUUCAACGUGUCCUCUACAUUGCGAAAAAUGGGCUUGAAAGAAUUGUUUGAUGCAAACCACGCUGAUUUAGGUGGAAUGAACGGGCCAUCAAAGGACCUCUAUCUGUCUGAUAUGAUACAAUUGACUUCUUUUGUCACUUGUGGUGAAGCUGCGAUUGGAGAGCAGCAUCACAUAGAAGAAUACCCUGAAACAUUAGAUCUAUCACAUAAACAUAGGACUUCCAGAUGGCUCACAGGAUGGGAUGAACCACGAGACUAUCAACGUGCUUUCCAUGAUCCGCAUGAUGUAGGUGAUGCUAUGCACUUACCAUUACAUCUUCGACCAAGACAAGCAAGACUUCCUGCAAGAAACACUCAACCAGCUCGUUUAAAAUUCGAUAGACCUUUCCUCUUCUUUGUACGACACAACCCCUCAGGCAUGAUUCUUUAUGUUGGUAGAUACAACCCACGGCUUCUACCUUGAAGGCUUAGAAAAGACUGCUAGUUUAGUUUAAUUUACUAUAUUCCUUAAAGGAAUGUGAUGAGGUAUAAUGGUGAGUGUGAUAUAUGUAUGUGUAUGAAAUUAUUCACUGUAUUAACAUUUAUGUGACAGUAUUACAGUUUAUUGGAAUAGAGGUAACUUGUACAUUAAGAUGUACGUAUGUUCUUUCCUCUAUACUAAUGCUAAAUGAUAUGUGGGUAGUUAUAAGAUGAUGCAAAUGAAAUAAUGUUUAUUAUAAGUAAAAUAUUGUAAUUAAUGAAGUAAUAGUACAUUUUAAUAACUAAUUUCAUUUCAUUGUCAUUGUAGAUGCAGUUUUAGAAUAAAUUAAAAUUAUAAAAGUAUUUGUUUAUUUUAAUUAAUUAUAUG